AUGGAUACAUUCAACGUGUCCAGCAUGGGCACUGCUCUUGAUGAUGUUACGCAAGCGCAAAACGCCAAAAAGGCUGAAGCUGCUAGUACUGCCCGCGAAAAGGGGUGGGCCGAGCCAGAAGGCUACGACUACUCCAAGUACAACGCAGCCCCUCUCGGGCCUCCUCUCGCCACCCCUGGUGAGGGCAAUGAGCCAGAACAGCCACAGCAGGAACUCCCCGAGUGGGCGGCCAAUGCGGCGAAAUACGAGUGGAAAGAUGAGUAUGGGGACGUUGGCCCUGCCAACCCACAGCUUGAGGAGAUGCUGUUUCGGACUGAUCUGAGAAGUCUCCAAAACAUCGAGGUCGAGGCUGAAAGUCGUGACCGUCCCAAUCCAAUCAAGAGUUUCGAUGAUGCUGGACUGCAUCCCAUCGUGCGCGAAAACGUCAAGCUCUGUCACUACGAUAUUCCGACGCCAAUUCAGGCGUAUGCGAUCCCUGCUGUCAUGACUGGCCACGACCUCAUCGCCAUUGCCCAGACUGGUUCCGGGAAGACCGCGGCCUUCUUGAUCCCCGUCCUGUCAAAGUUGAUGGGAAAGGCAAAAAAGCUUGCUGCUCCACGUCCGAACUUGGCGGACGGGUUUAACCCCAUCGUUGAUGCCGUCCGUGCAGAACCUCUGGUCUUGAUCGUUGCGCCUACAAGGGAACUGUCUACACAGAUAUUCGAUGAAGCACGCCGGCUCUGCUAUCGCUCUAUGUUGCGUCCAUGCGUUGUGUACGGCGGUGCUCCCGUGCGUGACCAGAGAGACGAGCUGCAGAAAGGUUGCGACAUUCUCAUUGGCACGCCCGGAAGACUUUUGGAUUUCAUGGAUAAACCUCAUAUUCUCUCUCUCCGCCGAGUCAAGUACACCAUCAUAGACGAAGCAGAUGAACUUCUCCUUGCGGACUGGGAGUCUGACUUCAACAAGAUCAUGUCGGGUGGAGAUAUGAACGAGGAUGCGGACCACCGUUACAUGAUGUUUUCCGCAACAUUCAACAAGGAGUGUCGUCAGUUGGCCCGCAAGUUCCUCGCUGGCGACCACAUUGUCUACUCCGAAGAGCAUCUUAAGAAGCAGUGCCUCUAUGAUCUGCUUCUCGCGAUGCCCCCUUCUCGUACCCUAAUCUUUGUCAACUCCAAAGCACAGGCCGAUCUACUGGAUGAUUACCUGUAUAAUAUGGGCUUGCCCAGCACCUCUAUCCACUCAGAUCGUACUCAACGUGAGCGUGAGGAUGCCUUGUAA